CCUUGAUUGUGAAAGGUGCGGAACCGGAAGUCGGAAACUGCGACCAUGUGUCCUCUAGAGUUUAUUUGCAUCUCCACACUCCCCAAAUGAAUAGCUGUAGAAGAAUAGCCUUUUGCGACUUGAAACAGGGGCUGUCCGCCGCCUUCUCUCCGGGGAAACCGCCGACAAACCGCCGCAGGUGCCCCGAGGCAGCGCCGCCCCUCAGCCGGAGCCAUGCCACCGGAGCCAAACCCCGGCUGAGGGCCAUCGACCUGGCGCAGAAAGUCCAGCGGGAGAAGGCACCUCCUCCUCCGGCGGCGGCGGAGCCUUCGCCGUCGCGGCAGCAGAAGAGGGUGACGGAGCUGAAACGGUUGAGUCUGCAGCUGCAGGGCGUCCACCCCAACGUGCUGGCCAAGCACCUCCACAGAGGCGUGCUGUACCAGGACCGGGACGUGGUGGUCAUCAACAAGCCUCUCGGGGUUCCUGUCAGAGAUGACAGUGGGGCCACAUCCAUCUCCUCUGUGCUUCCCGUUCUCUCCAAAAUGAUGGAUGGGUUGAAGAUCAAGUCUGAUUCUCAGCUGUUCCCUUGUCUGAAGCUGGAGAAGGAAACGACAGGAGCUUUCCUGCUGGCCAGGAGUGAAAAAGUAGUGGAGCACGUACUCAACCUUCACAGAAAUAACCAAGUGCAGAGAACGUACUGGGUCAUCACAGUCGGUGUCCCUGUUCCAGCAGAAGGAGUGAUUGACAUUCCCGUCAUAGAGAGAGAGGUCACAGGCCCUCGGCCACAUUUCAAGAUGGCUCUCAGUCCUCUUUACAGAAUGAACGAUACUGGUGACGGUGUGACCAAGGUCCGAGCCCAUCGGCAAGCCCACCCAGCAGCGACCAAGUACAGAGUCCUGGACAGCAGCAGUGGUUGCAGCCUCGUGGAGCUCCAACCUUUAACCGGGGAGAAGCACCAGAUGAGGGUCCACAUGGCACUUGCUCUGACAUGCCCCAUUCUUGGUGACCACAAAUAUUCCCACUCGAACAAACUUGCCCCCCAGAAAUUGCCAGACCGUGUGCUGGUAAGACUCGGACUGGAACAGAGCAAGAUCCGGCACCUUCCCCUCCACGUGCACGCUCGACAUGUCGCGCUGUCAGGACCCAGUGGGGCGGCCAUCGGCGUGUCCUGUGCCCCCCCAAAGUACUUCAUGCAGACGUUGAACCAACUGCAGUUAACUCUUCCUGAUGGAAAGGACUAAAAAUACCUUCGGCAAUCCAAGUGAUGCUGAUGUCAGACCUCCACGCGGGGUCUGUGGGUAUCAUGUGUGUAUCAUGUGCGUAUCAUGUGUGUAUCAUGUGCGUAUCAUGUGCGUAUCAUGUGCGUAUCAUGUGUGUAUCAUGUGCGUAUCAUGUGCGUAUCAUGUGCGUAUCAUGUGUGUAUCAUGUGUGUAUCAUGUGUGUAUCAUGUGCGUAUCAUGUGUGUAUCAUGUGUGUAUCAUGUGUGUAUCAUGUGCGUAUCAUGUGCGUAUCAUGUGUGUAUCAUGUGUGCCAUGAAUGUGUUUUGUUUUGUUUGCUCUCAUGGUUCUUUUGUCUUUGGUACGAUAAAAAAUAUCUCUGCUUUC